AUGAAAUUGACUACUUUAUUAUCCCUUCUCUCGAUUCCCCUAGCAUUUGCCCAAGAAGAUGUUACCCAAGAAGACGUUGCUCAAGAAGCUCCUAACAGGACAAUAGAUCUUGACAUCAAAUAUGAAAUCUUGGAAAAACCAGAUGCUGAUUUGACCAAUUUCGUCGAAUUUGAAGAUAAUGACGUCUUCACUCUGAAUUAUACUCUUACAAACAGAGAACAAGAUCAUAAUAUCUCAAUUCAUGCAGUAUCAGGCUCGAUCUUAGCUCUUCCAGAAGGUAGAAUCGUUGCAAACGUUUCUAAGGGUGAUUUCGAACCUGCCAUCUUCGCUGCCGUCAAUAGCACUGUCACUUUCCAACAAAAGGUGGAAUUCGUACUCAAUGAAGGUAAUUACUAUCUCUUCCCCGUACUACACGCUCUAAGACAUAAUGUCACCCAAAAUGACACUGAUGUUGAAAUUGCAGAGCCUAUAACGGUUGGAUCUACACCUCUUCUCUUCUCCAUUGCAGCCCCACCAAUGUCAUUUUUUAACUUACAAUUUCUCUCCAUCCCAAUCUUAAUGAGUGUAUUGUUAGGUGGUUUGACCUACUUUGGUACGAAGAGCGGUAGUAGUUCCACUAAGAGAUCAGCCUCUUCAAAGAAGACUGGCACCCCAUCUUCAACCCAAGAAUGGUUGCCUGAACAGUACAAGAAGGAUAACUGA